GCACUUGACAUCACUGUGUGAAAGAGGGAAAUCGUGGAUGCUGAUUGCCGAGCUGAAAAGAGCAGAUUGUUGUUUAUAUCCUUCCUCCUCCUCCUCCUCCUCUGGGUUGACCGAUUGGUUGGUCAGAGCCUCCGAGGUCGUGUCGAUUCGGAAACCUCUCGGCGUGUGGAAUUGAUGAUGGAUUCCUCGAGUAGUGGGGGUUCCAAUAACAAGAGCGGAGGUGGAGGCGGGGCCGGGAGUAGUGGUAGCGCCUCUUCCGGGCUCAAGCCCAACUACACGCUCAAGUUCACGUUGGCGGGUCACACCAAGGCUGUGUCCGCCGUCAAGUUCAGUCCCAAUGGCGAGUGGUUGGCCAGCUCGUCGGCCGACAAGCUCAUCAAGAUCUGGGGCGCUUACGACGGCAAAUUCGAGAAGACCAUCUCCGGGCACAAGUUGGGCAUUUCGGACGUGGCGUGGUCGAGCGAUUCCCGGUUCGUGGUCAGCGCCUCAGACGACAAGACGCUCAAGAUUUGGGAAUUGAGUUCGGGCAAAUGCCUCAAAACGCUCAAGGGACACAGCAACUACGUGUUCUGUUGCAACUUCAAUCCGCAGAGCAAUUUGGUCGUAUCCGGGUCCUUUGAUGAGAGCGUGCGCAUCUGGGACGUGCGCACGGGCAAGUGCCUCAAGACUCUGCCCGCCCAUUCCGAUCCGGUGAGUGCGGUUCAUUUCAAUCGCGAUGGCUCGCUCAUCGUGUCCAGUAGCUACGAUGGACUUUGUCGCAUUUGGGACACUGCCUCGGGUCAAUGUCUCAAGACCUUGAUAGAUGACGAUAAUCCGCCCGUAUCCUUUGUCAAGUUCUCGCCCAACGGCAAGUACAUCUUGGCCGCCACGCUAGACAACACUUUGAAACUCUGGGAUUACUCCAAAGGCAAAUGUUUGAAGACCUACUCCGGCCAUCGAAACGAAAAGUAUUGCAUCUUUGCCAACUUCUCCGUCACGGGCGGCAAGUGGAUCGUGUCCGGCUCGGAAGACAACAUGGUUUACAUUUGGAAUUUGCAAACCAAAGAAAUCGUGCAAAAACUGCUUGGACAUACGGAUGUUGUUUUGUGCACCGCCUGUCAUCCCACGGAGAAUAUCAUCGCUUCGGCCGCCUUGGAAAACGACAAGACCAUAAAGCUGUGGAAAAGCGACACUUAAGGACACAUGUCAACGUCUCGGCCAUCAUUCUUCCCUCAUUAUCCAUGGACCUAGAACGGACAGGGCCAUUAUUAAUAUUAUCAUGUUGUCUAUAUUUCUGUCAAGCUCGGUUUUAGCUUGAUUUCCAUUUCUGGUUUGUAACCCACUCCGCAUACCCACAUGAUAUAUACACUUCUCAAUAAUAUAACCUGACUUCAACUCA